CGCCUGCGUCUCCACAGUCACUCCGCCAUCUUUGCCAGGACAGUGACUGUUGCGGAAGCAUGUGUAUUGUUUUUGGAUCGUGUAAAGAAAAGUGUGCAGUGUAAUAGGACAAGCUGUUUGACGUUGUUAUGCACGAGUGUUUUGCACAUAGAGGUAUGCUGUCAGAAUCCUCUUUCCUGUGAGGGGCCAUGAAAGAAGAUCAGCGCCGAAAUUCCAUGGGCCUUCAGGGCAAAAGUGCCAACGAUUGUUGACCACCGCAUACGCAGUGCGUGUUCGUGAUGGUGGACUUCAGCCUAUGAGGGCGGGCGAAGCCGCUUUCAGGCUUAAAAGUCCUGUUUGUUAACUGUGUUUGGUGUAUAGUUUAAUAUCGCAACAAGAAGCAAAGAUGACGGCCGAGAAAAAGAUUUGCUUUAGUAUCUGCAUCUGUCAGAUGACAGCGAUCCUGUCCGGUGUGGCGCUGCUCUAUCUCGCCGUGAUUGUCGUGAUCCCGUCCAAGGAUGAACUGGCCUUCAACUUCCACACGACGCCCAUUAUGUGCACGACCAUUACGGCGAAGGACAUCUCGGCGAGCGGCAAGAAGCUGCAGUGCCACUGGUCCACCUGUUCGGAGUGGUGCCUCUCGAAGGGCUCGGGCACCUGCAUGCAGAUUCACGUCAUGGUGAGAAACAACGGCUCCAGGGUCAACUUCAGAGACUGUGUGGAUAUUUCGGACGAAAACUGCUCGGCCUUGGACGUGAACGCUACGUUUGUCAAGUGGUGCAAGAAAGGCGAAUGCCACGACCUGACAGGGAUGUUCAACUGCACCAAAGACGCCGACAACGGCUGUCGCGACAUCACCCCGGCCUUCGUCUGCACCAACCGCAGGAAGUCCGUGAAAUCUAUCGAGUGCAACGAGGAGCAAUGCAGCGAGCGGCUGGACGGCGUGUUCACCUGCAAGGACGGCAAGUGCCACCAGCUCAAGGACAUCGUCAAGUACUGGCGCGACUGCGAGCGGAAGUGCACCAAGCUGGAGAUGCGAGAGCGGAACGUGAUAAUCUUCAGCCGCGAGAGGCUGGUGGCGACGGCGUGUUCGUCCAUGGACUCGCCCGACAACAACACGAUCGCGGAGGUGAGCGAAUCGCAGGACUGGCGCGACAAGAAGACGGCCGUGUUCUUGUUCUGCACCUACAUCGAGAAGGUGAACGGCAAGAAGACCUACGACCUGCUCACCUCCGACUGCUUCAACGCCACCAUGGCCACGGCCGAGGAGUUCCAGCACAUGCGAAGCUACAUGGACCUCCUGGCGCUGCACCAGACCCUGGGCAACCGCUCGGAGUGGGUGAUCGAACCCGAGUCCACACUCCGCAUCAUGAACAACACUCAACUCCGCAUCAACUCCCAGGGCUGCGUGAACACCCUCAAGAAGGAGUGCACGGCGUUCUUCGAGACGCACGCCCACGACGGCUUCGACGGCAUCACGCCCGACCGCUACCCCUGCUACUACACCGACCUCAACGCCGAAUUCGUCAUCGGAAAGUUCGACCCCAACACCAUCACCAUCGACUCCCGACUGACGGCUCAUGCCAUUUACCAUAAUUGUGACCCCAAUGUGGUCAACAAAGCAGAUGUCCUUCUUCCUCACGAGACGUCUCCGCUGACAUCCUAUACUCCCCAGAAGGAGGCUCAAGUGGUAUGCUACUUGUUCAGACAAUUAAAGUUAUUUUUCCGUUUUGUUCUCAAGGAUGAAGCGCCUUUGUCUCCUGUCCAUGCUGCGGAUGCUGUGCUCUGA